AUGGCCAGAGGCAAUACCAGUAGAGGACAUUACAGCAGAGACAAUCGCACGCCAACUGUUCGCCACGUGGAUAGCACGCUUUGGAGCUCCGGCAAGAAUUACGACCGACCAGGGACGGCAAUUCGAGGCAGACCUCUUCCGGAGACUCACGCAACUGACAGGAACAAAACAUAUCCACACCACGGCGUACCAUCCGGCAGCCAACGGAUUAGUAAAACGUUUCCACAACUUAAAGCAGCAAUCAAAUUCCACCAGACGGAAGACUGGACGAUAGUACUGCCAGUUGUGUUAAUGGGAAUCCGCGCAGCUUGGAAGGAGGAUCUCAAUGCAACCCCAGCAGAGAUAGUGUUUGGGGAAUCGAUAAGGUUACCAGGCCAGUUUCUCCACGAGCGCGACGACCACAAAUACACACGAACAGACGAUAUCGUUGGAAGGCUUCAGCAGAGAAUCCAGAAAACACGGCCUGUAGUAAAACGCCAUGGCCAAAGGACAACAUUCAUCUUCAAGGAACUGGAGAUCACGCUAAGAGUUUUCGUACGACACGGUCUAGCACUAGGAGCUUUACAGCCACCUUACGAUGAACCAUACGAGGUACUGAGUAGAGGACCCAAAACUUUCAAAGUACAGAUGAAUGGCAAAGCAACACACGUAUCAGUGGACCGAAUCAAACCAGCGUACGUACUACAAAAAAAAGAGAUGGAAACAACUCAAGCAGCAAAAACGAAAACUCCAAAACACGAGGAGGAGUUCAGGACACGAGCGGAGAGAAUCUCCAAACCGCCCGAGAGAUUUCAACUCGGCUAA